CCCGCGCGCGGCAGAGUGAGCCCCUCUCGCGCAGUCGCCGACAAUUAAAAGCGGGGCGGCUUGCGCUCGUGCGCGCGGCGCGUCGUCACUAUAAUGUGGUUAGUCAGUGAGCGCCGCGUGAGGCCCGACGGCGACGGCGGCUCCCCCGGCACGGACUGCGAGCAGCGCUGGCCGCGGCCCCCCACGGUGGAGUUCAAGAGCGCGGCGUGCGCGGCGGCCGAGGGCCCGCCGCUGCCGCUGCCCGACCCGCAGCAGUUCAACAUCUUCCCGGCCUUCUUCAGCCGCCAGCUGAACUUCACGAGCGGCGGCGGGUGCCACCAGGGCGCCAAGAUCAUGGAGGAGCUGCGGCCGAACCUGGUGGGCGGGCUGCUGGGCGUGGGCGGGCUGCUGGAGGAGCAGCAGGCGCCGGCCGAGGCCAAGUACUCGCCGGACAAGGGCCGGAAGUGCAGCAACGCGUCGUCCAGCUCGGCCGAGGAGUUCGGCGGGCUGUACGCCGGCGAGCACGCGCCCACGCCGCCCGCGCCGCCGCUGUCCCGCUCGCUGCAGGACCACUCAGCGGAAGGCGCGUUCAAAAAGUUAAAGCCGGAGCCCGGCGGGGGCGCGGGAGCCGCUCUGUCCCCGGCGCUGGGCCCGCAGCACGCCGGCCACACGCCCACCACCGCCUCCUGCCCCACCCCCGCGCGGAGACGGCAUAGGACCACCUUCACACAGGAGCAAUUAGCAGAAUUAGAAGCGGCGUUCGCGAAGUCGCACUACCCCGACAUAUACUGUAGAGAGGAGCUGGCGAGGACCACCAAGCUCAACGAGGCGAGGAUACAGGUGUGGUUCCAGAACCGGCGCGCCAAGUACCGCAAGCAGGAGAAGCAGCUGCAGAAGGCGCUGGCGCCGGCCGUGCUGCCCGGCUGCAACGGCAUGAUGAGGAACAUCCAGGGGUACCGCGGCUACCAGCCCUACCCGCACCCAAAUACUAUCAACCGGUACCCGCAGCACCACGGCAGCUACGAGGAGCUGCAGAAGGACAUCUUCUCCCUGUCCCAGAUGGGCGGCGGCUCGUACCCCAUGCCGCAGGGCUUCUCCAUGGGCCACGGCGCCAACAUGAGCGCUGUGGGCAUGCGCCAGGACACCAUGGGAAUGACAGCCGAGGACGAGUGGUACAACAAGUCGCUGUCAGCGCUGCGGAUGAACAGCGGCCACCACGCGAACCUGGCGGCCGCGCCCAUGCUGCAGUACCAGACUUAAUCGCUGCUGCACGGCGCCGAAUACUCCCCGGCGCCGCCGCACGACUACGCGCCGUAGACAAGGUAGAGCGACCACAGACAAGCUAGAGCGGCCACAGACAAGCUAGAGCGGCCACAGACAAGCUAGAGCGACCAUAGACGGAGGAGUCCAUGGAACAGUGGAGUCUCGAGUGCUGUGCUGCCUAUGUCUACAUUCUUGUAAG